CGCUCAACUAUUUCGGUCGUCUCUAUCACAUGAAAGAGCGUAUAAUAGCCGAGAGAACCGAUUUUCUGCUAAAGUUCUUGGAUCUGCCGGAAAAGGGACGUCUUGUCGGGAAUCUAAGCGGAGGUCAAAAACGGAGAGUAUCUCUGGCCGCAGCACUUGUCCACAAUCCGCCACUCCUUAUACUCGACGAACCGACUGUUGGUGUCGACCCAUUGCUAAGACAAUGUAUUUGGGAUUAUUUGGUAACUCUUAGCAAAGAGGAAAGUCUUACUGUAAUCAUAACGACCCACUAUAUAGAAGAGGCCAGAGCUGCCAAUUUAGUGAGUCUCAUGAGGUUUGGUCGCAUCCUUACGGAACAAACUCCAGAUUAUUUGCUCAAACGAUACGGGUUUCCGACUCUCGAAGAAGUGUUCCUAAAAGUUUGUUCGCUCGACGCUCAGGGAAUAGAUGUGAAUAGUUUGCACAAAGAAGUGAUUCGUUCCAACUCUUUGGAUAAUACGCCCGAUAUUUGUUUUGAUGUCAAUAAAUCGGAGUCGAAAGAUGUUGAUAUUAAUGCUAGCAUUAGUAGCGCCAGCAGUAGUAGUGGUGUCGGAGAGUCUGUCCAUAAUUUGAAGAAUAUGAAAGGAUCGAGUGAUUCGAUGGAAAUGGUAGCAAAGAAAACAGUUGCCAACAAAAGUGUUAAUAAAUUCAAACACUCGACCAAUCCAUUGAUGGAUAGCGCGGCCCGAACUUCGGCUCUAUUCUGGAAGAAUAUAACUCGAUUGCGAAGAAAUAUGGCGGUCCUUCUCUUCCAAUUCCUGUUGCCAUCAAUUGAAGUGAUCCUCUUCUGCACGUGCAUCGGUCAGCACCCCUUUGAUAUACCGGUCGCCGUCUAUAACGAGGAACCUAUGGGUCAAUUCAGUCAACAGUUCUUAAACCAUAUCGACAACAACACUAUUAUUCAAAUGCCAUUUCCAUCGUAUGAUACGGCCAUCGAAGCGGUCAAGAAUGGGGACGCCUGGGCAGCACUCGUUAUCGGACGCAACUUUACUAACGCAUUGCAAUUAAGAGUUAUGAUGGCUGGAGAGGUGGACAACGCGACGCUCGACAUGAGUUCCAUUCAUUUAUAUCCAGAUAUGACAAAUCAAAUGAUUUCUCUCAAGUUAUACGAAACAAUCACUUUGUCAUUCAUAAGCUUUGGAAAAGAUAUGCUCUCGACUUUGGGCCAGAGCUCAUCUCUGGUUGAAUUACCGGUUGUGAUGGAAAAACCAAUCUAUGGCGACAGAGCGCCCACUUUUACAGAAUUCAUGGCACCCGGAGUGGUCUUAAGCAUUGCAUUCUUAGCGGCCGUCGCGUUGACUGCAUUGGCAUUUGUUAUGGAACGCAAAGAAGGACUUUUGGAGCGAAGUUUGGUCGCAGGCGUUAGUUCCACGGAAUUUAUGCUCUCGCAUGUGUUGACGCAACUGCUGGUGCUGUCAGUACAGGUGGCUUUGCUCUUAAUCUUNGAAUUUAUGCUCUCGCAUGUGUUGACGCAACUGCUGGUGCUGUCAGUACAGGUGGCUUUGCUCUUAAUCUUCACAUUUUUGGUCUUUGAAAUCCCAUUUCGGGGUCAGUUUAUAUGGGUUAUUGUCCUCACAUUACUUCAAGGCUCGUGUGGAAUGGCUUUCGGAUUAAUGAUAUCCGCAAUCUGUGAAGAAGAGAACUCAGCAACGAUGUUGGCUUUGGGUUCUUUCUAUCCCAAUUUACUUCUUAGCGGAACCGUUUGGCCGACACAAUCGAUGCCCACAUUUAUUAGAUACUUUAGUUAUAUAUUACCGCAAACUAUUCCCAUCGAAGCGAUGCGUUAUAUACUGUCCCGUGGAUGGGACCUAUCCUAUGGCAUUGUGGCCCUCGGUUUUGGUGUAACCAUAAUAUGGAUUAUAUUCUUCUUAACUGCCGCAGUCAUCAUCUUUAAGUAUAGAAAGUGAUGGCAUUUUAUAUAAACUUUUAUAUAUUUAUAUCCGUUGAUAUCAUGUAAAAAAUUUUAUUCAAU